AUGGAUAUGUCUAGCAAUGCAUUUUCGGGACACAUACCAUCACAGUGGCCUUCUACUAUGUUAGUAUUGUUGCUCAAUGACAAUUUGUUGAUCAGAAAUAUUCCUCCGAGCUUGCAACUCGGUCUGGAGCCACAGAUGUUAAAUUUGGCACAUAAUAAUUUGACUGGAAUUAUUCCCCCAAGCCUAGCAGAUUAUUCAGUGCUUCAAGUAUUGAAUUUGGGAAAUAAUAAUUUGGAGGGGAAGAUACCAUUUGAGUUUGGUGAGCUAAGUCUGUUGUGGUCAUUGGUCCUGAAGAACAAUAAGCUCAAUGGAUCAUUCCCUCCCUCAAUCUCAAAGUGCAAAGAAUUAUUUUUUCUGGAUGUUGGGAAAAACUUGUUGAAAGGGCGGAUUCCAAAGUCAAUUGGAAAGCUCUCAAAGUUGCAAGUGCUAGUGAUGAGGCAAAAUAAAUUUGGGCGUAGUAUUCCAGCAGCAAUUGGGCAGCUAAAGCAGCUUCAAAUCUUAGACAUGUCCUCAAACCGCUUGUCAGGUUCAAUACCAGAGAGUAUUUUGAGUUUGCAAGCAAUGGUCAUAGAAAGAGAACAUGGAUUCAUCAUGGGUCAAUUAUGGCCAGCUAUUCUAGAUUAUGACCUCCUCACGAAUAAACCAGUGGGAGACAUGUAUCAUGAUGGCCUAGAUAUGAAUUUUAAAGGGAUAGAUGAGCACUACCCAUAUAUAUUUUCCCUCAUGACAUCCAGAGACCUCUCAAACAAUCAAUUGAAGGGGGAAAUUCCUUUUGAUUUUGGAAAGUUGAAGGGCUUGAUGUUCCUCAAUCUUUCCAUGAACAAUCUCAAUGGUUCCAUUCCAAAUAGUUUUGGAGAACUGAGCUCAUUGGAAUCUUUAGAUCUCUCUUCAAAUCAGUUAUCUGGAGAAAUCCCUCAGGAGCUUCGAUCCUUUGACUACUUGGGAUUUUUAAACUUGUCCAACAACAACCUUUCAGGCAGCAUUCCUCAAGGAGGACACGUGGUAACAUUCCAAGAAUCAUCAUAUUUAAGAAAUCCAAACCUAUGGGGUUGUCCACUUCCGAAUAAUUGUUCUUGGCCACAAUUUCUUCCUGCUCCCAUUUCUAGGUCUGUCAGUGAAGAAGAGAAGAGCGAGGAAACUCUAUGGUAUGAUAUUGGAGUGGGACUGUCAUAUGCAGUGGGUUUUGCAGGGGUGGUGUCUUUUCUAGUACUAAUUAUCAAGUGGAAAGAGAGAUAUUUCCAGGGAGUUGAUUUGAUUUUGAAGUUUUUAUUCCCAUGGAUCCGCAAUUUGAGGCUAUGA